AUGAUGACAAAAGAAAGGAAAUCUCAAUUUUGACAAUAUGGACCGUUAAGGAAAGGUUUGAUUCUCCCCCCCACACACACACAAACUUUUCCCGGCUCUUACUUCCUGUUUUGCCGGAGAAGCUCCUCCUCCGUCACACACACACACACACACACACCAGCCGACAUCGACCCCACCGGGAGGACCUGUGUUCGGGCGGAGCUCUAUUAGCCUGCCGUGCUAACAGGUUAGUUAACCCGGGCUAAAGUGACGUUGACCUCGGUGUGUUGUCUGAAGCUAAGGGUGCUAAAGACCGAGCUGCUCCGCUUCCGGUCUGUGGUCCAGAGUUAACGGGUCGGACCGGGUUCAGAUCUACUGACACCUUGUUCUGCUUUAGUUCAUCUAGACCUUUUUAAAACGGGGUUUUGAAUGUGCUUCGGUAAGUUUGUUCUACAUCUGGUUUAAAAAGUUCGAGUUUAAAGUUCAGGUUCUGGUGUUGAACUGGGUUCACUUCAGGUUCUGGUUCUUCUCGUCUUAGUUCUACACUGUGACGUCAGAUUAACGAGUAAAUGGGCAGAGGCACCUAGUCCAGGUCCAGAAGUAGCUAGUCCAGGUCCAGAGGCAGCUAGUCCAGGUCCAGAAGCAGCAAGUCCAGGUCCAGAAGUAGCUAGUCCAGGUCCAGAAGUAGCUAGUCCAGGUCCAGAGGCAGCUAGUCCAGGUCCAGAAGUAGCUAGUCCAGGUCCAGAAGCAGCAAGUCCAGGUCCAGAAGCAGGUAGUCCAGGUCCAGAGGCAGCUAGUCCAGGUCCAGAAGCAGGUAGUCUAGGUCCAGAGGCAGCUAGUCCAGGUCCAGAAGCAGGUAGUCCAGGUCCAGAAGCAGGUAGUCCAGGUCCAGAAGUAGCUAGUCCAGGUCCAGAAGCAGCAAGUCCAGGUCCAGAAGGAGGUUGUCCAGGUCCAGAAGCAGGUAGUCCAGGUCCAGAAGCAGGUUGUCCAGGUCCAGAGGCAGCUAGUCCAGGUCCAGAAGCAGCAAGUCCAGGUCCAGAAGGAGGUUGUCCAGGUCCAGAAGCAGGUAGUCCAGGUCCAGAGGCAGCUAGUCCAGGUCCAGAAGCAGCUAGUCCAGGUCCAGAGGCAGGUAGUCCAGGUCCAGAGGCAGCUAGUCCAGGUCCAGAAGCAGCUAGUCCAGGUCCAGAGGGAGGUAGUCCAGGUCCAGAAGCAGAUAGUCCAUGUCCAGAAGCAGUGGUCCAGGUGUAAACCUGGUGUUAGAUGUAGUGGGACCCGGUCCGUCCCGUCCCGGUGGAGACGGUCCGUGUUGGUUUCUCUUGGUCCAGGUCUUAGUGGGCUCAUGAUGGCACAGCUCCACCAGACUCCCACCUCCCUGUGCUGCUGCCGUGAACCCCUGCCAGACUCCGGGGCCGGGUGUGUCGGGGGCUCCAGUUGGCCCCCAGAGGGUCCGGGUCCCGGGUCUCCGCGGCGCCCUCUGGUGGACGUGGCCUCGGCCUCUAACUUCAGCUGCUUCCAGCUGCGGCACUUCCACCUGGACCUGCGGGUGAACUUUGCUGUGAAGGAGAUUAGCGGCUGGCUGGUUCUGGAUCUGAUCCCGGUCCAGCCGGGGGUCCACACCCUGGUGCUGGACUCCCACCCCUCUCUGUUGAUCCACGCCAUAGACUGUAAGAUCCCGGGGUCCAGACAGGACGAGCCCGUCUCCCUCACGUACAGGGUUGACCCUUUCACGGAUUAUGGAUCUUCGCUCAACAUCAUCCUGCCGCCCGGCGCCGUGACACCGGGUCGACUGGUCCAGAUCACGAUCCGCUACACCACCACGGACGGACCAGCGAUCUGGUGGUUGGACUCUGACCUGACCUGUGGUCAGACUCGACCUCUGGUCUUCACUCAAGGUCACUCUGUGUGUAAUCGUUCCUUCUUCCCGUGCUUCGACUCGCCAGCUGUCAAGAGCUCGUACACGGCGACUGUGAGGGUCCCGGACGGCUUCACGGCCCUGAUGAGUGCGACCCGGAGCUCAUACUCCCGACCGGACCGGGUCUUCCAGUUCUCCAUGGAGUCGCCCGUCCCGUCCUACCUGGUGGCGCUGGUGGCCGGGGAGCUGCAGCACGUGGACGUUGGCCCGCGGAGUCGUGUGUGGGCGGAGCCAUGUCUGCUGUCCUGCGCUGUGCAGAAGCUGGGGGGCAGCGUGGAGCGCUGGCUGGGCGUGGCCGAGCAGCUGUUCGGGCCGUACCUGUGGGGCAGGUGUGACAUCGUCUUCCUCCCCCCGUCCUUCCCCAUCGUUGCUAUGGAGAACCCCUGCCUCACCUUCAUCAUCGCCUCGAUCCUGGAGAGCAGCGAGUUCCUGCUCAUCGACGUCGUGCAUGAGAUCGCUCACGGCUGGUUCGGGAACGCCGUCACCAACGCCACCUGGGAGGAGAUGUGGCUGAGUGAGGGGCUCGCCACAUAUGCCCAGAGACGGAUUACCACCGAGGCGUACGGCGAGGCGUUCACCUGUCUGGAGACUGCCGUGCGAUUGGACGCCCUCCACCGACAGCUGCGCCUCCUGGGAGACAACAACCCUGUGAGCAAACUGCAGGUCCAGUUUGAGCCAGGUGUGAACCCCAGCUCUCUGAUGAACCUCUUCACCUACGAGAAAGGUUUCUGCUUCGUGUCGUAUCUGUCGCUACUUAGUGGAGACGUGAGGCGCUUCGACUGUUUCCUCAGGGACUACAUCUCACAGUUCAAGUUUAAGAGCGUGGUGGCUCGUGACCUCAUCGACCUCUUCCUGGUGUGUUUCCCUGAGCUGCAGGACUCCGCCCACAGAGAAGGUCUGGAGUUCGAGCGCUGGCUGAGCGGCUGUGGACCCCCCCUGUAUGAACCAGACCUGUCAGCAGGAGGUGCUCUGAUCCAACCGGUCCAUGACCUGUGUGACCUCUGGAGCAGCGAUGCCCCCAACCUGCAGACCCUGACGACCUUUGACCUCUCAGCCUGGAGCACCUUUCAAAUCGUUCUGUUCCUGGACCGGAUGCUGGACCACGCCCCCCUGUCACAUGACGUCAUGGUGAACCUGUCUGUCUGUCCAUCAGAGGUCAUGGUGAACCUGUCUGUCUCUCUGCCUGUCUGUCUGUUAGACGUCAUGGUGAACCUGUCUGUCUGUUACUCGGGUCUGUUUGACGUGUUGAACUCUGAGGUUCAGAUCCGUUGGCUCCAGUUGGUCGUGAGGAACUCGUUCCACCAGGAGGUUCCUCGAGUCCGAGCUUUCCUCCUCAAACACACGUCCAGGAUGUACACCGUGCCGCUGUACGAGGACCUGGUUGCCGGGGUGAUGAAGUGUGUUGCCGUGGAGAUCUUCUCCCAGACUCAGCGUCGCCUUCAUCCCAACCUGAGACGGACGUUACAGCAGAUCCUGUUCCACACCAGCUCUGCCCCGACCAAUCAGAAUGGCCCGCCUCUCUCCAUCACCCCCCCCUCCACACCUCCGCCGCAGCAGCCUGCUGCCACGGCUACCGCCUCUGCUGCUGCAGCUGCCGCGACGACCGCCGCCAUCGCCUUGAGGGACGUCAACGUGUCGGCGUGAUCCAGGCUGUGAUUGGCCUGUCGGUAACAGAACGUUGUCAUCGUCCGAAAGAUGAUGUCAGCUGUUGCUAUGGAAACUGCUGAGGGCUACAUACACUGAAAGUUUAAACACUGUGACAUCACAGCAGGAAGUACACACCCUUGUGUGCGCCGCUGCUCUUAGUUACUGUUGCUAUGUAGGAAAAUCCACUGCAGGCUGGUAACCGUGACAACCGCCUCACUCAUCGACAGGUGCACUUUGACCUCUGACCUCUGACCGAGUCACAAAGGGUGACGGAUUUUCACAUGAAUCUGUCAACUACGACUCCCAGGAUGCAUUUCACCCACGAGCGUGGUGUCACAGCGUCACUCGUCCACUUCCUUUGUGGAAAUUAUGCAGAAAUAAAAACCAGCAGACGUCACCUGAGCAGCCUUGAUGCCGCGUUCACUGCAGCUAGGAACUGAGAGGCUUCCGAGACCAGAAUCAAAACGUCCCACUGGUCCCAGCUGUCCCUGAACGCCUCCUCACACAUUUAUAUUGAACUGUGAUCAAAAUAAAAACACUUUAAGUUUUUAACAUGAUGCACUUCAUUAGAACCUUAUUAAAACUGUAUGUAAAGUCUGCAGUUAAUAAAAUCAUUUUAAUAUUUUUCUUAUAAAA